AUGGAGCGGGACAAUAUAAAGCCCAAAACAAAAAGGGCCAAGAGAUUCCUUGAGAAGAGGGAGCCGAAGCUCAGUGAGAACAUUAAAAAUGCCAUGCUGAUUAAAGGAGGAAAUGCAAAUGCAACAGUGACACAAGUCCUGAGAGAUGUGUAUUCACUGAAAAAACCAUAUGGCGUUCUGUAUAAGAAGAAGAACAUUACAAGGCCAUUUGAAGAUCAGACAUCACUGGAAUUCUUCUCAAAGAAGUCAGAUUGUUCUUUAUUCAUGUUUGGCUCUCAUAAUAAGAAGCGACCAAAUAAUCUAGUAAUAGGCCGUAUGUAUGACUACCAUGUGCUGGACAUGAUUGAAUUAGGCAUCGAGAAGUUCGUCUCUCUCAAAGAUAUUAAGAACAGUAAAUGUCCUGAGGGAACAAAACCCAUGCUGAUAUUUGCUGGAAAUGAUUUUGAUGUGACUGAAGAUUACCGAAGACUGAAAAGUCUUUUCAUCGAUUUCUUCAGAGGCCCAACUGUAUCAAAUAUCCGCCUGGCUGGCUUAGAGUAUGUCCUGCACUUCACUGCACUGAAUGGGAAGAUUCAUUUCCGAAGCUAUAAGCUGCUGCUGAAGAAAUCUGGUUGCAGAACUCCACGGAUUGAACUGGAAGAGAUUGGACCCUCAUUGGAUUUGGUUCUGAGGAGAACACACCUGGCCUCCGAUGACCUUUAUAAGUUAUCUAUGAAAAUGCCCAAAGCCCUCAAGCCAAAGAUGAAGAAAAAUGUCUCCCAGGACACUUUUGGCACAACUUAUGGAAGGAUUCACAUGCAGAAGCAAGACCUAAGCAAAUUACAAACCAGGAAAAUGAAGGGGUUGAAGAAACGACCAGCAGAAAGGAUAGCAGAAAAUGAGGAGACUAAAUCAAAGAAAAUUAAACAAAAUUGAUGGAAUUGAGCCAA